AUGAUGCUUUCGACUAUUAUCAUCGUAUGUCUUGGACUUUCUGUCUAUGGUUUACCAGUUGAGAAUAAUGAUCGACAAUUUUUGAAAGAUGUCAAUCCCGAAUUGCUUGGUGGUGGUUUCGAAGGUGAUAUGAUCUUGCCAUCAGAUUUCAAUCUAAGCCGUGGAGCUGCUAUUUAUGGAGCACGACGUCGUUGGCCUAACAGAAUAAUUCCAUAUGAUAUAUCAGCUAUUACAGAUGCUAAUGAUCGAACUACAAUUAAAAAUGCAAUGAAUAAAUUAAUGUUCGAUGUUGGAACAUCUGUACCAGGUCAAAUAGCACGACAAACUUGCGUCGUUUUUCGACCAGCUCAAACUGAUGAUAAAGAAAUACUUAAAAUUCAAUAUGGUAAUGGAUGCAGUGCAACAAUUGGAUAUGGUGAAAAUUAUGAAAAAACACUUAAUUUACAACCAAGAGGAUGUUUUCAUAGUGGUAUAAUUCAACAUGAACUUAAUCAUGUUCUUGGCUUUUUUCAUGAACAAUCACGACCUGAUCGUGAUUCAUAUAUAACAAUACAUCAAGCAAAUAUUAUACCCAAUCAAGAACAUAAUUUUAAAAAAUAUGCUUGGGGAAGCGAUUUACAAUCACAAGGAUUCUCAUAUGAUUAUAGUAGUUUGAUGCAUUAUGGACCAGGUUCUUUUUCCGUAAAUGGCAAACCAACAAUUACACCAAUCAAUAGCAAUGUAGUCAUUGGUCAAAGAGAAAAACUCAGUGAAACAGACAUUGCAGAAAUUCGUCAGUAUUAUAGUUGUUAA